AGGUCGUGCACGAGAUGAGCUUGGUCACCUGAAGGAAUAAUCCAGUUCUAGUAUCUGGAAGCAUGUGCUUUAAAUGUAAUGUGGCAGUGUAGUGAGGUUAUCUAUAUCAUUAGCUUUCGUUCCUGUUGUACUAUAUGGGCUGCUAAUGGACCCACCCGCUAGCUCGCACUCUGUGGUGCUAUGAGUUUAAUGGUCAAGGCGACUCACACCACUCGCGCAGAUAAGAACAUCCCACGUACUCGCGCGACAUCAACAACAAUGGCAAACCGUAGUCUGUUUUGAUAGGAGAUUUCGGAUUGGAGCUACAUGAUCUGAAACUCUAUUAAUCCUGUUUUGUUUUUUCUUGAAUUGGUGGAUUUUAUUUUUAAUACCCGCGUGUCCGUCCGUGCUUUUAUUUUUUCGCUUUACAUUUUUUCCGACAAUGUGCGAGACGCUGUUGGCAAGCUCACACAGUCUGUGCAUGUGUGUCCCUGCUGCUGCUUUUCUGCUGGGCUACAGCUACUAACCUAGCUGCUUUUCAGUCGGUGGUUAGCUAACUUUAGCCUGGCCGCGUUUAUUGACUGGAGGGGGGAAAAGACAAACGAAUGUAAAGCGUAUUUGUAUAGUCUGUUUUAUGACAACAGCCCCCAAUUAUUUGCUGAUCGUCACUGUCGGUACCGUAAGCGGUGUUGUAUGAUUUGUCGUAGAAAAUACUUUGCUGGCUAGCUAAUAGGCUAGCUAUUUGUGUGUAUUCUUCGACGGAGGAAAACGGCGAGUUUCCUUUGAAAGUAUGGAUGACCAGACCAGGAUGAUGACGGGUCUCACCGGACUAGGUGGACUAGCACAAGCCGAUGUUGGUGACCCAGACUCGGUCAGAAAACAACAGUCCCUCGGUCAGCCUCAACAAGACAUAGGGGAUAUCCUACAGCAAAUAAUGGCCAUCACUGACGAAAGCCUGGACGAAGCACAGGCCAGAUACUGGCCAGAGGAAUCGCCGGCGCAUUGGGGUGGAUCAGACGACCCCACAGAGGGAGGGAGAGCAGGGGGGGGCAUGGCAGGGGGUGGCCUGCCACUCAACUUCCAGCACAGGAAGCAUGCCCUGAACUGUCACAGAAUGAAGCCAGCCCUCUUCAGUGUUCUCUGUGAGAUCAAAGAGAAGACGGUUCUGAGUAUACGAGGUGUGCAGGAGGAGGACCCCCCAGAUCCUCAGAUCAUGCGGCUGGACAAUAUGUUGCUAGCGGAGGGUGUGUCAGGACCAGAAAAGGGCGGCGGAUCGGCUGCAGCGGCUGCAGCUGCAGCGGCAGCCGGAGGCUCCCCCACCGACAGCAGCAUCGAACACUCUGACUACAGAGCCAAGCUUGCUCAGAUCCGCCAGAUAUAUCAUUCCGAGCUGGAGAAGUAUGAGCAGGCCUGUAGUGAGUUCACCAACCAUGUAAUGAACCUGCUGAGAGAGCAGUCUCGCACACGGCCCAUCUCUCCCAAGGAGAUUGAGCGCAUGGUGGCCAUAAUCCACCGCAAGUUCAGCUCCAUUCAGAUGCAGCUCAAACAGAGCACCUGUGAGGCUGUGAUGAUUUUGCGCUCACGCUUCCUUGAUGCCAGACGUAAGAGGCGUAACUUUAACAAGCAAGCUACGGAGGUGCUGAACGAGUAUUUCUACUCCCACCUUUCUAAUCCUUAUCCAAGUGAGGAAGCCAAGGAGGAACUUGCCAAGAAGUGUGGGAUCACUGUGUCUCAGGUCUCUAAUUGGUUUGGCAACAAGAGAAUACGCUACAAGAAGAAUAUUGGUAAGUUUCAGGAGGAAGCGAACCUCUACGCAGUUAAAACAGCGGUGGAUGCGGCCAAUGUGUCGGCGCAGGCCAGCCAGGCUAAUUCUCCGGCAACGCCCAACUCAGGGUCACCAGGGUCAUUCAGCUUAUCUCACACAAGCGACACCUACCUUGGCCUACGUUCCCUCAACGGGGAGGGUCUCAACAUCGCCCCCUCUCUACAGGUGGAUACCCUGCACCCUGCUACACACCUGACGGGCGGCUAUGAGGAGUUGUCAGGUAGUGGCCUCUACACCCCUCAUCGCCUGGAUGCUAACAGCUGGCAGGACACCACCAACCUCCCCUCGGUUACCUCCCCUCCCGGUCCUCCUGGCAGUGUCCACUCCGACACCUCCAACUGAUCUGUUGGCUCUUCCUGCCAUCACUUCAGUCCCACCGCAGUUUGCUCUGACUACCAUCUUCAGUCCCUCUUUUAUUUUUUUUAUUUUUUUUCUCUUCACUACUUUCUUGUCUCUCUACUCAACUAGAUGGCCACACAAGGCUUUAUUUGCAUUUCAUAAACACACUGUGCUGGAACACAGGACAGCCGAACAGUAGCUAGGAGGACUUCUCCAUCCAGCUCUUCUGAAUUCAGCUCUACCCUAAUGCUCAACGCUUCGUAACUCAGAUUUGAAAGGGGGUUGGAGUUUACUGAGGCUGAGAAAACAUGUUCUGUUAAGGACAUUUCUGAAGACCACUCACCCAGCUGUGUAGAUGAUCAUGAUGUCUGUACAUUAUGUGUAUAUGCACGUUAACUUCACACAGUACUUACACAGUUUGUUCACGUGCUGUUGACCUCUGCACUUAACCCUUUGCUUUGGAAAACUGUGUGUGAUUGCCUGUAUCUCUUGAAGCCUUGGCAUUUGACAGCCAAACUGUUGAUACGGAUCACCAGGGAGCUCUGCUCACCUUGCUCGUACCAAAGUGCUGCCCCAGUAGUCGUCAACACAUCUCUUCCUCAAAGAUCACCUUCUGCCAACUCAAUACAAGAGACUACUGUAUCUUCUGGUCCUUAUAGCUCGAUGUUUCAUUCUGUUGGAGAUUUCAAAGACCCUUCCACAACAUACACUUUGCAACUUUACAGUCGUUUUCAUAGUGAGCUGACAUAAAAGAUGUGUCAAGCACAAAAGUUAGCAUCCUUGUUAUGGGUGUCUCUACCUGUAAAAGGGUAGUUAAGGGGAUCACUGUUCUAAACCAGGCAGGACAAGUGAUAAUAGGGCUGAUGAGAAGAGGAGGAAAGGGCAGAGCGAGGACAACAUCUUUGGUUGAGUGGAUGUAACUAAUAGCCCUUUUUGUUGCUAACCAAUAGAGGGUGUUGGUAGAUGGCUUGUAGACUUUACUUCUUGCUUUCUGUCCACUAGUUUAUUUGAUUGUAGGCUAUUUUCUAAUGCUGUUUCACCAAGAAUGCACCAGCCACCACCAAAAAUUUGCUCAAUAAAGCAUCUAAAUGACGAUAAAAGAAGGGUGGAAAGAUUUUGGGGCAUUGAUGUGUUAUUGGGACAAAACGUGUCAUGAAUUUAGAAACGUGACUGUCUUCCAUGCAUGUAGGACUUCUAGGCGUGAUAUUGUUUUCAUUUAACCUUCCGAGUUUUUAGCUUCAUUUUUAUUAACAAAAAAUAAAGGGUAUAAUUAUUACAGUCAGACCAAAAAGGAAAAAAGUGCAUCAUGUAUUGCUAUGAUGUGUGUGUCUCUGUGGGCGUGUGUACAGUGUUCUUGGGAUGUCUUAGUCAAAAUGGCUGGUGCCCUCUGACCUUUGUAAACAUAGAGACUGGGUGCUUCCACCAGCCGAUCACACACCAGAUGGGGUUCAGCUGAGAUCUCCCCCCAAUCUUGAAACAUUUAAGCUUGUGAGCCCGAGGCAACACACUACAACCUUCUGUUGUACCAAAACCAAAAAUAUCAAGUUCAGUAAUGUAAUAAUGCUACUCUGUGUCUCUAAAGUUGGUGCACAGCCACCUUCUCAGUUUGAGGAGAGGAGGGAAUUAUAUUUGUAUCUGUGUCUCUCUGUGUGGUGUUGUCAUGCCUCAGUUGAUUUGAUUUUUGGGGCUUUUCGUUGUGGGGCGAGUAGUGUCGUAUCACACUUGUAAUUUGAUUGUGAGCAUAGAAGGAAUGCUCUCCUUUUUACCCAUCUUUUAAUACCUUCUGGUAAAACUACAAUUAUUUUAUCUUUAGUUCUAUGGCCAAUUGGGCAAGGGCUUCUCUCUCUCCUCUGUUACCAAAAAAGAGGCAGUCCUGGGUGUAGCAAAACUCUUAACCCACAUUUCAGACAACCCUGCAACAUUUUGGGUGAUUUCAUUGUUUGGAACUAUUUUAUACAUUAGCUAUUAUGUGAAUAACAAAGCAUUUUUGAUAGUAAGGUAAAGCCUUAUGAAGAUUUAAGUGUCAGUCAAGACUUUGUUGAAGCAUAUGUUACAGAACAAAACUUGAGCUUGAACGCUGAUCACAUGUGAUAACCCUGAGUACUCGUUUUGUUACUCAUUGCAGUUCAUAUGACUGUAUCUUAUAAUGUUAUUGCCACACCAAAUUAUCACGCCCCCGCCUUUUUCUACCUGUUGUAAUGGAUGUCACUGUACAGUUUGUGUAAUGUUUCAGUAAUUUUUCUUUUUUUUCGUAUAUAAGUUUUGAUGUUUGGUUGAAAUGCCUGUUUAUUUUUGGCCUUUGUAUCACAGGAUUCACAAUAACUAUCAGUUUAAAAUAUUAUUUAGGUCUUUUGUUACAUACUUGGGUUGAAAUGUAUGCUAUACAAAUGUAAUUGUAUUUGGUGCUGUGGAAAGAUAACUGUAUGAAUUGAGGUUAUAAACAUUUUAUUUCAUGUAUUGAUUUAUGGAUCCACUUCCUUUCUUAAUCUCCUCCAAGUUUCCUCAGUUAUACAGUCACUUUUCCAAAUAUUCCCCAAUUCUGGUGAAAUUUUUACCUUCUCAAAACAUUCCAAGAAACAGAAAAUUGCAGUUUAAAUACAAAAUUGGUUCUUUUGAGCUGUAAUAAGCCUCUCGGUUAUAUCUAAAAUGUAGAUACCUGUAAUUUCAUUAUUAAUAAAAAGAAAAAAUACAGACAGCAAAUUUGCAAACAGGAGUCGAUGCUUUUCAGGUUUUUUGUUAGAAAAAAAUUGUUUUACAUUUAAUCUGAAAAUCUGUUUUUGUGUGCCACACCAUAAACAGUGAAUAUAGCCUAAAUACAGUUGUCCAAAUCCUGUAAUGUUGAUACAUACACUGUAUGUCUCCUUGACACAUUUCAGCCUUAUGAUUGUUUGGAUUCUGUAAGUGACUAAAUGACUUCCACAGCACCAAAUGGCUUCUUAACCCUUUGAUUUCUUUGAUUUUUAUUAGUCAAUUUGUAUCUCCCUUCUUUCCCUUGUAUUUACCCCUCUCUCUACCUCUGUCUUUCCAUUUCUCUUGUAUAUAACCCCCACUGUUUUCAGACUUGUGAGUCUGUAUGAACUCCUUUUAUACCUCAACUUUAGAAUUGUUCUAGAAAGAGUAAAACAAAAAGGAAGAAUAUGACAAAUUGUAGUGUUCUUAUUAGAAAAUUAAUAAAAUGAUUUAGUGUGAUUUUUUUUUCCCCCCUUCAGUAUUUGAUUUCAGAUUUUAGAAGUGUUUCAUUUUAUAAUUUGUCACAAAUGCUCUUGUGAUAGUCAAACGUAAUAAAAGGAGAGAUUGCA